UUCGCUGAGCGAGUCUUGGGAUGGCUUGAGGGCAUAUAGAGGCACCGCUGCUCUUCACUAAGAAUAUGAAAUCGCCCGAGGAGAAAGAUACUGCAGGCUGUGCCGAAUCGCUCCCGCUGCCGCCUUGGUUCCAUCCUCGAGGGAGAGCUUGAUCGCAAUGAGAGCAACCCCAGACCCCUCAACGUCUAAGCUUCCCCUCAAAUCAGGAACACGCGACCUGCGACACCAACAAACCGUCACGAUUCCCAACAACGAGUCUCCAAGCCUAGCACGCGAUCGAAACGUCCUUCGCGCCGGCAAAAGACACGAGGAAAGCGCUGAGGACAGCAGUGGGCGAACCCCUGUGAGGAAGGCGAAAGAGGCUCUGCACGGCUUCCUGUUGCUGCUUUGCACGCUGCAUACAAUGCGCCGAAGCAUGCAGGUAGGUCUGGCACAGCAGAGCGAGGUACAACUGGUUGCUCCCUGGUCUCGUUCGAUGGAGUCUCAAUAUGCUUCCACAGAAGGAAAUGGGGCGGGUGACAUACCACGAGCAAUACUGGCCUCGAGUUGCCCCAGUGAAGGUCGCAGUGCUCCUGUCAGACAGCGAGGCACCGAUACCUUGUUGCCGUAUUGGAUCCCAUUCUACAGACCAACGGGAAUGGCUAGACCAUGUCCCAGGGCAUUCCACAUGAACGCGCGAACGCUGUUUGGUGGGGGACGGCCAGACAGGGGGAGGCCAGGUAUUGGCGUGUCUUCAGUCUUGUUUCUGCUGUCAGAUAAGACCGAGAGCUGGGCGGGGAGACGGACGGGCGGAUAAGCAUGAGGGCAAUGAAUGUAUAUAUUUAGCAUAGCUAUGAAUCAAAUGAUCGCCUCAUGAAGCAUCGGAAGCCUGAGGUCGGGGGCUAUUUCUGUCCUGAGAUAUACCCAUGACAGUUAAAGAGUCGGCCACAGCUCCGCACUACAACUCUAACC